UUUUUUUUUUCUUUUCUUUUCUUUUGAAAGGUUCCCCUUUCUUUUGAUCCUUCAUGACAAGUAAAACGGAAAAACAACUUAACCAAUUGAUUGAUGUUUAUCAACACCAAGAUCAUACCAAAAUAACUUGUUCCUCUGCAGAACACCGGAAUGUUGUUGAACGUGAACCUCGUCGACUUCGUGAGGAUCCUGUUGCGUUUAUGAUGAAUCUUGGACUUUAUUACCAAGGCACAGGUUGGCGUGGUUACAAGUCGUAUAUUGGAAAUAAGGUGUUUUAUCCUGAAUUUUCUACUCGAAUGAAAGCUAUGGUGUUAUCAAGCAAACGAGUGCAAGAAAUCAUUGAUGAAUUAGCCAAUAGACAAUCUGAACGACUUCAACUGACUCAAAAUCCCAGCAAAAUGGCCAAAUUAUCUGAUGAACAGAGAUCAAAAUUAUUGCACAAACAACGCAAAGCAUUACGUCGAGAAUUGGAGGCUGUUGCCAAGGGAAUUGCUGAAAAAUGUGUAGCCAAAUUAGAUGAUAUUCGAUUUAUCCGAUUCUUUGCUUUCACGGUGAAUAACAUCUUGGUCAGAUUGUAUCAUCAAGGAAUUCAUAUCAAAGAAAGCGAAUGGGUUGAAUUGAAACGGGUUGCUUUGAUUGCUCAAGAAAAGAAACAAUCAUUAAUCUUGGUACCAUCUCACAAAUCUCAUAUUGAUUAUUUGGUGGUAUCUUACUUGAUGUUCCGUCUUGGUCUCCAAAUUCCUCAUAUUGUAGCAGGCGAUAAUCUUGAUUUGCCUAUCGUUGGAUCGGUAUUAAAAAACGCAGGUGCAUUCUAUAUCCGUCGUGAAUGGGGAGAUGAUCUCUUGUACAAGACCAUCUUGGAAGAAUAUACUGUCACUUUAUUAUCUGAAGGAAUGAAUUUUGAAUGUUUUGUGGAAGGUACUCGAUCUCGUUUGGGCAAGUUACUUCAACCAAAACUUGGUAUUAUCAAAAUUAUCUUGGAAGCCAUGAUCAAUGAACGAUUUUCCGACUGUCAUAUCGUUCCUAUUUCUAUUGGUUAUGAUAAAAUCAUUGAAACUUCAAGCUAUGCAAAUGAACUUCUUGGCAAUCCAAAAGAAAAAGAAAGCUUAUGGGGCAUUAUUACAAAUACAAGACUUUUGCAAUUGAAAUGGGGACGUGUUGAUGUUCGCCUCGGCAAGCCGUAUUCCUUACGUGGUUGGUUGGAAGAUCAACAAAAAAAAAAAGAUGAUCGAAUAACUCCAAUAAUAUUUUCUCUGCAUAGUCCGAUGGAUCUGACGGACAACAGUCAAAAAGCCAUUUUAUUGAAAUCUCUUGGUUAUCGAAUCUUAUCUGAUAUCAACAAUGUAUGUGUAGUGAUGCCUUCAGCUUUGGUAGGAACGGUAAUCUUGACAUUGCGUGGACGUGGUGUUGGUCGAAGUGAAUUAAUUCGUCGUGUGGAUUGGUUGACCCGGAUCAUUGCCGUUAAAGGAGGUCAAGUAUCUGAAUUCCAUGGUAUGUCUACUGGAGCUAUUGUGGAUCGAACGGUUGCAAUUCAUAAAGAUUUGAUUGGCGAACACAAAGGAAAGGAUAUUCUGGAACCUACCUUUUAUGGUAUCAAUCCUUUUGAACUAUCUUAUUAUCGCAACCAAGUGAUCCAUUUAUUUGUUGAAGAAGCUAUUGUAUGUGCUGCUUUGUAUACAGUGAUCAAGAAGGGAGGUGGCAAGGCAAUGCAACGAAUGAAAUAUGAUGAAAUGCUGGAAGAAAUCUCCUUUUUAUCAAGUCUUCUCAAGCUGGAUAUGAUCUAUAAACCUGGUGGAGUCGAAAACAAUACUCAACGUACAGUUCAAUGGUUAGUAGAUAAUCAAGUGAUUGAAGUGGAUCAAGAAGGUUGGGUAGGAUUAUCCGAUGUUGAAAGGCAAUGUGGUCGUGAAAAUUAUGACUUUUUAUGCUUCUUGAUUUGGCCAUUUGUUGAAUCUUAUUGGCUGGCUGGUGUUAGUUUAUUCUCUUUGGCCCCUCCUAACAUUAAUGGCUCUCCUGCUGAAGGUACUAUUUGGGUAGAAAGCAAAUUAUUUGAAAAACGAUCACAAGCCCUAGGUAAAACACUUUAUUAUCAGGGCGAUUUGAGUUAUCUUGAAGCCGUCAAUAAGGAAACUCUAUCUAACGCAAUGACUCGAUUUGAAGAACAAGGUGUGAUUGUGAAACGACGUCAUUUUGAUCGAAAACAAUGGUCUGAAAUCUCUUUGCAUGAUGAUUACAUUCCUCAACGUUUGAAUGGGGUUCUGACACCUCGUGGACAUCUUUGGGAACUGGUUGAAAGGAUUGGCAAGUUUAGACGAGAAGGCAAGAAUAGACGUGACAAUGCUACAGUCAGUACACGGGUAAUACGAUUGGCAGAUAUCCUUGGAGAAGAUAAUUUACAACCAUCAGCUAACCAAAAGGCAUUAAUGAAGAAACGAACUCAAGAGAACGCAAAACUUUGAUGGAUCUCUCUUUCUGAAUGAUACUCUUAUUCUGUAGUUUAAUAUCUCUUAUCUCUUUUUUUUUUUUUUUUUUU